AGUUUUAGAUAAAAUAAUUCUGUCUACAAAGACUCCUGACAAGAAGUUUAUUUUUGGCAAAGGAAAUUUUCAGAUUCUGACAGAAAGAACUGGAAGAUGCUUGGGGAGUGAUGGUUUUUGACAGAUACACAGUUGUCCUUCAUAUUUUUCGUUGCAAUGCUCGGACUAAGGAAGCAAAACUUCAGAUCGCAUUGGCUGAAAUCCCACUUCUCAGAACAAAUCUGAAAAAUGAAAUGUCUCACUUAGAUCAGCAGAGAGGUGGAUCAAGAUACAUCAUGGGUUCAGGUGAGACUUUCAUGGAAACGCAGUAUCGUCUCUUGAAAGAAAAAGAAUAUAAAAUUAGGAAUGCCCUGGAAAAGCUGAGAAGAAAGAGGUCUGUACUCAGAGCUCAGCGUGAAAGGCGUGAGUUUCCAGUUAUCUCAGUAAUGGGCUACACUAAUUGUGGGAAAACCACUUUGAUUAAGGCAUUGACUGGAGAUGAAGGAUUGCAGCCUCAAGAUCAACUGUUUGCCACUCUUGAUAUUACAGCUCACGCUGGCUAUCUACCCUCACACCUGGCAGUUAUUUAUGUUGACACUAUAGGAUUUCUCUCUGAAUUGCCUCAUGAUCUCAUUGAGUCCUUUUCAGCCACAUUAGAAGAUGUUGCUUACUCAGAUUUAAUAGUUCAUGUGAGGGACAUUAGUCAUCCAGAAACUGUCCUCCAGAAAGCAAGUGUUUUAUCUGUUCUGAAGAAUCUUAAUCUUCCAAGCCAUUUACUGGAUUCAGUUGUAGAAGUUCAUAACAAAGUGGAUUUGAUAGAACGGUAUCAGUCCCCUGAAACAAAUGCUAUAGCUGUUUCUGCUCUUCUUGGAUAUGGAUUAGAAGAAUUGAAAGAAGAGAUUGAGAGAAUAGUUUUGAAAACAACUGGGAAAAGGAUUCUGACAAUUAAAGUCAACUUAGCUGGACCUCAGCUAAGUUGGCUGUAUAAAGAAGCAACAGUUCAGGAAGUGGAUGUUAUACCUGAAAAUGGCACAGCCAACGUGAAGGUGAUCAUAAGUAAUUCUGCCUUGGGCAAGUACAAAAAACUUUUCCCACAAUAACAAGUUAUUUAUUCUGUGCAAUACUCUUUGGAAAAAGAACUAAUCAGCUGGCAGUAAGGCUAUUUGAAAUGAAGGUAAUAAUCCCUGUGUUCAUAUGCAGUAGAGAUUGUGUCAGUCCUGCCCACUUGAGUAUUUUGGACAUAUGACAUUGAGCUGAAGCUGGAGUUAUGUGAAAUGGUGUCAGUAUUUCCUAAAUGCCUCUGCAUGGAAAUGUUACAGACCUCCAGCCUCUUUCCAUUAACAAACACACACCGAGGAAAGUACUAAUUUCAAACUACGAAGCAUUUGUCAGUGUGUAUUGGAACUGCACAAAACAACUGCUCUAAACUCUGGCCCUGGCAGGUUUGCGAACCACUGUGUGGUAACCAAAUUCAGUUUCAGCAAAUUGCCAAGUUUAUUAAAUCAUGUAUACUAGUUUUUAUGUAACAGGUUUAAGAAUAAAUAUUGUUUAUUACUGCUG